CUAUUAGAAGGAAAGUUUGAUAUUUUAGUACUUUCUGAAACGAAGCUGGAUUCCAGUUUUCCAGAUAGUCAAUUUAUGGUCACCGGAUAUCGAAUGUGUAGGGCUGACAGAAAUAUACAUGGCGGUGGUUUAUUGGUCUGUAUCCGCGCAGACCUCUGCUUUAAAGUCAUUAAAGACCUUCCCAAUCUUCGAUUAUGUGAGCGUGAACGGUACAAGACUGAAUCGAUUGUGCUGAAGGUGAGGAUAGCUAAGAAGUGGGAAACCAUUGUCGGUAUCUAUAGACCUCCAACAUCUGCGUCUGUCCCACAAUCGCUAUGGAAAUUUGAACUAUCCUCCAUACUUGAGGCGAUCACAAUACUUCCUGGUAACUGCUUUUUUGUAGGCGACUUUAACUCGGAUAUGUUACUACCAGACAAGCCGCCAAGGGAUGGUAGAGUUAUGGCAAACCUUCUUGAUAUUUACGACUUGAAGAAUUUAAUACAUGAAGCCACC